UACCGUUUCCAAAAUCAAAGAAAGUUUCGACCUCCGCUAAAAUGGUAGAGCAGAGUGCUGAUAAAAUCAACGACCUGCACUUGCGUCUUAUCGUGCCUCAAGAAGGAGAAAGACGCCGAUCACUGAAGAAGAUGAAGCCGGAAAAAGUGGACGUGCAUCUGUCAAUGUCGAAGAAUCCCAACACCGGGCAAAACACGAUUACUAUUGGCUCAAUGGUGAACAAAAAAUGGACCGACAUGAGCCUUUGCCGAGAGACAGAGUGGUGGAACCGGCUUCACUACGUACCCGAGCGAUAUCGCACACGACCCGAAGAGGCAAAAAUUAGCUGUCGCAGCUUCCAGGAUGAACUGAUCAAUAGGAGCUACUUGAAAAAUUUGGCUCAUCGCCCUCCCCGUCAAGAGAAGCAGGCCGACGACAGACCCACUUUCCAUCCGGAGAUCAACAGGAGGAGCAUAAGAUACAGCGGCGAGAGUUCCUGGUGGGAAAGACUGAGCCGACCCUCUUGGAUUCAGGCCGAUCUGCUGCGGGAGCGCUUUAGAGACAAGUGUAAAUCGGACGGCGGCUCGUCGCUGAACCUGAGCUCCCUCUUGGAUUCAACUUUGGAUCAUCUAUCUGAGGAUUCGAUUGAGAAUUCUCUUGACGUUGAGGCUGCUCCCGAGGAGAGCGAAUUGGACCUUGGAUAUCGUGCGUUUGCGGAGGGAAUACAGCAACGAAAGCAGUCGACAGCCAGAGAGGAAAAAAUCGCAGAAAAUGAUACAGAAGAACUUUUGAAAAGCUCCAUUUCGGACGAGCCUGACGCUGUUGAGACCGAUGAGCUGGAAAAUGCCAUUCUUGAGACUUCUGCUGAUGAUAAUGUGUCUGGAGAAAAGGAAAAGUUUGCCGAGGAUGAAGAUGCGGAAACUCAGAAAGAAAAUGAUGCUGGUGUUCCCAACGAUUUGGAACAAUCCGAGCAGGGCCUUGAUGAUGCUGAAAACGAAGCGGAAAGUUGAAUAAAUUCCAGAGAAGAGAGAAAAA